CAAAGCUUUGAAAAAUGAAUAUUUAGAGGUAGCUAUACAUAAUCACAUCAAAAAUAUAAAUUGAUAUCACAUUAUAUAUUUGCAAGGUUCCAAACAACUAACAGAUGUGGAUUGACAUUGCCCAAAAAUUUAGUGAUAAAUGGGAUUUUACUCAUUGUAUAGGCGCAGUUGACGGAAAACAGAUUGUGAUGAAGGCUUCGCCGCGGUCUGGAAGUACCUUUUAUAAUUAUAAAGUUACUAAUAGUAUUGUACUUAUGGCCAUUGCGGAUGCGGACUAUCGAUUUAUAUAUAUUGAUGUCGGGUGCAAUGACAGAGCUUCGGACGUUUUUGGAAAGUCCACAUUUCAGAAAGCUUUGGACAAUAACAUACUGAGAUUGCCUUUACCACAACCAUUGCUAAAUCGUGACCGUGAUUGUCCAUACUUGUUAGUGGCGGAUGAUGCAUUCCGCAUGCAAAAGCUCAUUUUAAAACCAUACCCUGGUAAAAAUUUAACUGCCGGCCAUCGCAUAUUCAAUUACCGAUUGUCACGUGCUAGGCGCGUUGUCGAAAAUGUAUUUGGCAUUAUGGCAAAGCGGUUUCAAAUUCUAUAUCGACCAAUUCAACUGAAUGAGCAAAAAACGACCCAAAUAACACUGGCCUGCUGUACCUUGCAUAAUUUUUUAAUUAACAAUACAGAUGCUAAAAGAAUAUCACAAAGCGAAUUAGCCUCCGGGGUUGUCAAAUCCGUUUGCAUUACAUGA